UUGCUGUUGCCAGGCAACAGUAGUUUCCGUCCCCGAGGUCAGGGGCCAAGGCCCCCUGGCGCAAAGCCUUCUGGGGCUUGUAGUUCCAGCUGAGGGGUGGGGGGGGAGCGUGAGCCACCGUCAGGUUCCCUUCCCACCCGCCUGCCCUCGCCGGCGGGUCUUUGGUGUCAGCGCCAGGGUCCGCAAGUCCGGCCCCUCGCCCUCCUCCCCGCAAGCAACCUCCGAGGAGGCGCUGACCGCAUGCAGCCAUGACCUCAGCCAGGGCCGAGAGACGGCCAGGGGCCCAGGAGAGGACCGCCGCGGGGCCGGCACAGCUCGCGGAGUCGUCCGGUGGCCACGCUCAGAACUCUGAGUGGCCGGUGAUGGCAGACCCUGCCUGGCACCAGCCUAUGAGGCCUGCCGAGCCUGGGUGAGGACAAGUGCCCAACAGGACCAGUCUCAGAACCAGGGCUCCAGGAGGAACAACUCAAGCUGGAGGAAGAGAGGCUCAAGCUAGAGGUGGAUUCACUAGAGGAGAGAGGCCCCAGGCCUAUGGCCUCCAUUGUGAGGACCAGUCAUGGUCCGAAGAGGAAGCCUGUCAACCUCCCAGGGCCUAGCCACCAAGCCCAUCCUAGGGCUGAAGCAGAGAUACCACAGGGGCUGCCACUGCAGAAGGAGGAGUCAGAGAGUAGCCAGAGUGAGCCCUUACCAUCUGCCAAACAGCACAAAAAAGCCAAGAAGCGCAAGAGUCUGGGGGCUCCAGUGCUCCCAGCUCUGGCCAGCACGGUGUCUGCCCCUUCAGAGACCUUGGGGCUGGAGAGGAAGUCCCAGCGCCUGCGGCCCCUGUACCAGUACAUCAACUACUGCAAUCCUGAGCUGAAUCAGGCAGGGGAGGGGGGACAGGAAGCUGAGGCAGAGACGGAGCCUGAGUUGGAGCUGGCCCUGGUCCCCGAGGAAGCCGGUGUGGAGCAACUGCAGGCCUUGCUGCCCGUGGCAGGUGAGCUGGCCUCGGGCCUCACUCUGCCUUGCCCCAGUACAUCUGUGUCCUCUACCCAUGCUCUGGUUCCUGGAGAGGAGGUGGGAGAGGAGCCUGGGUGUUUGCCCAGGCUGGGGGGCAGCGGCCGCCUCAAGGCUGAGGUGGAUAAGUCAACCCAGGUGGACAUCGACAAGAUGCUGAGUGUUUGCGCGGCCCCACUUGUACCUCCGCUCUCUCCUCAGUACAAGUGACUUUCCUGCUGCCCCCUCCGCCCCACUCGUGGCUCCCCUUCUCCCAAGUCUGAACCAGAGCAGCAGCCUAGGCCCUGGGGCGCAAGGGAAAAUUUGGCCCCUCUCCCUACUUGGGACCUUGGACUUGCUGAAAA